ACUUCCUUAAUCUCAUUUAACAUAUUGCAAACAUCUUUACCCUGAAAAAGAGCAGAUACUGUGACAAUGGCACCCGUUCUCGCAAUCGCCUCUGUGCUUGCAGCACUACCCGCUCUCACCAUGGGAGCAGCUAUCGCUCCUCGCGGUAGCGACAUUGUGGGAGGAACAACCGCUGCCCUCGGCGAGUUCCCCUAUAUUGUCAGUCUGUCUCAGGGUGGUUCGCACUUCUGCGGUGGUGUUUUGAUCGACUCCCGCACUGUUGUGACAGCAGGUCACUGCACUGAAGGCCAAAGGGCCUCUUCUGUUAAAGUCCGCGCCGGAACUAUUACCUGGGCUUCUGGUGGCACCCAGGUUGGUGUCUCAUCGCUGACCCUGCACCCUAGCUACACCGUGGAUAGCCAAGGUGUGCCUGAUAACGAUAUUGGUGUUUGGCACUUGUCAACCCCAAUUGCUACGAGCUCUACGAUUGGCUAUGCUACUCUGCCUGCCCAAGGCUCUGAUCCCAGCGCCGGCACAACUCUUACCGUCGCAGGCUGGGGAACUACAAGCGAAAACUCCAACUCUCUCCCAUCUACCCUGAGAAAGGUAUCAGUCCCUGUUGUUGCCCGCAGCACUUGCAACAGCGAGUACAGCGGAGAAAUCAGCAACAACAUGUUCUGUGCUGCAGUUGCGGCAGGAGGCAAGGACUCAUGCUCUGGAGAUAGCGGUGGCCCCAUCGUUGACCCUAGCGGAACUCUGGUCGGUGUCGUUUCCUGGGGCCAGGGAUGUGCUGAAAAGGGAUUCCCUGGAGUUUACACCAGACUGGGCAAUUACGUCAGCUUCAUCAACAGCAACCGUGGUUAAGUUACUGUUUGACGCUAAGUGAAGUUAAGACAUAUGAAAAUGUUAUUCAAGACUCCAUCUAGUUUUAGUCAUAGAUCUAAGUGGCAAGUCUUAAGAUUAUUUUACCAAUACUAAAGACAAGUGACUAUUCAGAGCU